AUGAAGAUGAAGUCGGCUGUUUUGCGAUUCUUCCUUGUCUCUCUUCUCCUUUCAUCUUCUUUGUCCAUGCUUCCAACCGCUGAUUCUUCACCAUGCUUCGGAAAAUGCAACAUGAGAUGUUCAAAGGCACGAAUUCACGAUCGGUGUCUCAAGUAUUGCAAUAUAUGUUGCGAGAAGUGUAACUAUUGUGUUCCCUCAGGAACUUAUGGAAACAAAGACGAGUGUCCUUGUUACCGCGACAUGAAGAACUCCAAAGGCGGACCCAAAUGUCCGUGA